UACGAUGGUGGAACGGCGGGUGGGCAGGAAGAAGGCGAUGUCCCUGUAUUGGAGAGGCAGGAGUCGCUCAGUCCGAACCCGAGGGGCACUGAGGUGGAGGAGGCGCCCGUGGAAGGAGGCACCCACGAGUGGUUUCGUCACAUGGUGGGGGGACUGAGAUGUGAUGCGUGAUCUCCGACGUGCGGGACUCGACCCCGCGCGCCCACCGGUGUGCUCGGACCUCUCUGGCAGUCUGGUCAUCCAAAAUCACGGGGCUCGCUGACUGCCAGCCUCCCAGGAGGAGAAGGGGCAGCAGGAGACUGAAAGGCUCCUUCUAUCCUCGAAGAGGCCUGAGAGGACGCGCUGUCUGCGAGAGACGUGGUCCAUGCCGCCGGCGCGCUGCCCCGACAGUCCGAGUUUGUAUUGUGACUGGCAGAGACCCACAGAUGUGUGACCUCUCAGAGACCACGUGCCUCCACUUUGCGGAGAUCUGAAUUCCUGGAGAGCAGGGGAGGUGAGGCGUGGGGCCUGGAGAAGAUGCUGGGUCCAGAGAAAGGAGUAGUGGAGGAAUGGCUCUCAGAAUUCAAGACGUUACCCGAAACCCAGAUCCCCAGCUAUGCGGGCAGCCUCUCCCUGAAGAAGUCCCUGGUGCCUGCGCUCUACCGAGUCAUCCAGGACCCCAACAGUGAGCUCCUGGAGCCCGUGUGCCACCAGCUGUUUGAGCUGUACCGUAGCUCCGAGGAACGCCUGCGUCGCUUCACCUUGCAGUUCCUGCCCGAGCUGCUCUGGGUGUACCUGCGCGCCACUGCCAGCAGAGAUCGCCAAAGCAACGGCUGCAUCGAGGCACUCCUUUUGGGCAUAUAUAACCUGGAGAUUGUGGACAAGGAAGGAAAUGGCAAACUGCUGUCUUUCACCAUCCCUUCGCUCUCCAAACCCUCCAUAUACCAUGAACCUUCAAGCCUGGGGUCCAUAGCACUGACAGAGGGAGCCCUCAGCCAUCACGACCUCAUCAGGGUGGUGUACAGCGGCCUGCACCCCCAGCGCGAGACCUUCACAGCACAAAAUAGGUUUGAGGUGCUUGCAUUCCUGAUGCUGUGCUACAACUCUGCUGUGGUUUAUAUGCCGUCUUCUUCCUACCAGUCAGUGUGCAGGAUAAGCUCACGGUUAUGCGUGUGCGGGUUUCCACGGCAACAGCAGAAGCUGUGGAGGGAGCCGUGCAACCGCGUGGUGCUGGACCCCGAAUUCAUGGUGCAGAUGCUGACUGCUGUUUAUCACGCCAUAUACAAUGGCGAGUGGGACCUGGGGAGGGAGGCGCUUGACGACAUCCUGUACCGAGCUCAGCUGGAGCUCUACACACAGCCCCUCCUGGUGGCAAACGCUAUGAAGAACUCAUUGCCGGCGACUGCCCCAGAUGGCUCCCGCGGGCGCAAGAUCCUGCAGGUGGAGGUGACGCCCACCGUGAGCCGCAUCUCCCGCACGGCCGUCACAGCAGCUUCCAUCCGUCGCCACCGCUGGAAACGAGAGGAUUGUUUUGACUUCUCAAACGAGGCAGAGUUCAGCAUGACCAUCACCCCCAGCCGCCACACCCCCUGGGAGCCGUCGGCCAAUCCGGAGCAAGGAGGGAGGGGGCAGUGCGGCGUGCCCCCGGUCACGCCUGAGGCAGAUGCAGACGGUGUUAGUGGUGGCGAGGAAUCCUUCAACCUCAACGACCCAGAUGAGGGUUUCUCCUCGGGGGCGUCCAACAGCAGCCAGCCCAGUGGAACCAAGCUCAGCACUGGGGUCGGGUCCACUGGCCCUAGGAGCAGCAGCCUGAAGAAAGGCGUGGCGGGCUGGCUAUCCCGGGAUCGAGAAAGAGAGUCAGAGCGGGAGAUACCCCCAGGGAGACACCGGGACCAUUUGGCAGACCCCCAGGUCGUGCUCCGGAGGCACCAGCAGCGGCAGCCGUCCCCACCCCCUGCCAUUGCCCUGGACGCCAUCGAGCUGAGCCCCGUCCGCAAGCACCUCAGCUUCCCGGCCUCCCAGGCACUAGUGCGGACUGCCAGCGCCUCCUCCAGCCGCUCCUUCGACUGCACAGACGUGAACUUGAACGGAGGCCGCCGGGCAGUGGGGAGCCUGAGCGGUGCGCUCGGGUCACAGGAUGGGGCCUUGGGGGGUCUCACCGUUGGCGGGAGUCACCGCUUCUCCACUGUCAGCCUGCAGGAGGAGCGCCUGGCCCGACCCGAGGAGGCCCAGGACCUUCUGUCUCCCGGGGUGCCGCUCACCAAGCAGUCUCGCUCGCCCAGCUUCAACAUGCAAAUAAUAUCGCAGGUGUAGCGGGGCCACGGGGGGCACGCUCCUCUUUCCCCCCGACCCCCCACCUCCUCUGGCUCCUCCUACUGCUCCGGAGACGAAGGGGGCAAAGCUCACUGCGAUUCCUCACAGAUGCAGGAGGAGCAACUCAUAGCUCAACACGUCCGCCUUCCCUGGACAAGGGGUGGGGGGUGGGGGUGCCGACGUGCAAACAAAUCUAUACAUACAAGGCACUGUGCUGGAUGCAAGCGACCCAACACCUACCUGCCGUGAGCCGCUCCUCCCAGAAUCCUCUCUGUAUGACCAAACAAAGCAUUCCGUGCUCUUUUAUUUUGUGGAGGGGGCAGAACAAGGUGGGGUAUAAACCCAGUGAUAGAAAAUCAAAUGAAACCAAUUUGUUCAACGGAACCCGUGAGGUAUAAUUGUUAUUAAUCGUGAAAAACAAAUUUCUGUGGAUUUGAUGUCAUUUUAUCGCGACAUUAAUACGGUCUAUAUUUUGUACCCAAUCAGCAAUAAUCCUUCCAUCAUUCAUUUGGAAAAGAGAAAAAAAAUCACUGUAGUUUUUCAUACCUUCCUGUUUCUCCUUGGGUGACGUGCAAUUGACAGUCUUGUUUUUUUUUGUUUGUUUUCAGUCCAGAGUGGUGCGUAUAGGUACCUUCCACCAUCCGCUUCACAGGCACCAGUCAUGUUCAAGACCUGAUCGUCCCAAAGACUCUGCUCUUCUCUGAAUGUUGCGGGUCUUGUCGUGUUGCUGUAAAUGAAAAUUGGACCAAGGGAGAUAUGCUGGCUUCUAGUUUCUCAGUGCAAACUUGAUUUAUUUUUUUCAUAAUGUCUGAAAUUUUGUGCGUACUUGUUUUACGCUGUUUGAGAUUUAUUUUAUCGCCAAACUAUUACAACUGUGAGUUGGAGAGGAAGGCGAUGCUCGUCUAAGGAAGGGACUGGAGUCUCGCUUGGUCCAAGCUCUCAGAGCAGUUGAGGAUUGUCGGUUCACCGUGUGUGCGGGAGAGCUGGAGAUGUAUGGGUCGGGGUGGGGGGGAUCCAGGCAACGGGAACUAAAGUGAGAAAUGGAAAACUCCUGGAGAUCCUGUUGAGGAAGGGGCUGUCGCCAGGCAGAUUCACAGUGUCCUCUGUGGGAUAUGGUGUGUGUGUGUGUGUGUGUGUGUGUAUGUAUAUAUGUGUGUACUUACUGAGGAAUUACUGUGUUGUGAGAUUCCUGAGAUUCAGAACUGGCAGAUGUGGGGACAUAAGAGUGUGUGACCCAGAGAUGAAUGCAUCAGGACCCUGGAUAUGUGUAACUGUGCUGAUACACAAUCUAACAGCAGGGUUGUUGGGUCACUGGGUAUGAGACGCUGGAAGGAGGCAUCGGCCGUCACCCUACACUAUUGCUCUCUACACUGUUAUCCACCAGUGUUAGUUCUACCUCAUCUCAAAGUCAACUUACAGACGAGGCACCAUGAGAAAAUGCUGCUCAUAUUUAAGCUCAUUACUUUUCUCGCUGCUGUUGGGUUAACGGUUGUAUCUGAAGGCUGUGGUACCAUGGUGUUGAUGUCUGAAAGGCAGCGCGGCAUUGCGUUACUUCACAGUGUACUGUAUCUGCAUUCGGAUCCUGUGGAAAGUGUACCUGAGCAUCAGCAGCAUGGAGUCCAGCCUGGUUGUGGAUCAUGAUGCUUUCCCCAUGUUGACUGUCAUCAUGGCAGCAGGAAUUCCUUUUGAUCCUAUUUCCCAGUUUGUUUGACUUUGCUGGAACACCAGAACACACAUGGAGGGAUAGAAUCUUGACUUACAUUAAAUGACUGAAACUGGAGAUGCUGCAGGCCAGACUGCUACUGAGAGGGGGAGGGGUUAAAGUUUCUUGGUUGUAAUUCACUCUGCUCUCUCCUAGAUGGCAAGCAGUUAUUUAUGGCAUUUAUAAAGCUAAUCACUGCUGUUUCUCUCUACAUGGUCCUGCUGAGUGUAGGGGGCAGGACAAUGUCCUUGACUGAGCAACCAUUUUAUUGCACAGUGCCCUCUCCCCUGUUUCCGUUGGAGACUCCCUGCAGGGAGCCUGUGUUUUCUUCUGGGCAGGAACUGUUUCCACACACCAAAUGGUGCUGAAUGACGUUACACCCCCAUCGCAUGCUGGUUGGCAUGCAGGGAAGCUCAAGCAGUCAACAGCAGUGUCCUCACUGUCCCCUCACCCCUUAGAAGCUCCUCUACUUUUCUUUUCUUGUAUUUUUUAGGAAGGAUAUAAGUGUGUGUGUGAAAGAGAGAGAGACUGGAUGAAUAUAAAAAAAUGCAGUAAAAACUAAUGUUUUCUGUGUAUCAGAGAAAAUCGAUUGCUUAUUUAAUAUAAUACCGUGGAACCUCAGAUCAAUAGUGUUGUUUGUGCUGUAAGACCCCCUGGUGGUAACCGUGGGUUUUACUACCACCUUGAAACGGCAUUGGUCAGGAAGCUGCAUUCUACGGGCUAUGGAUCAUGUUCCCCUUUCUGGUGAAGGAGUAAUGCCCAGGUGGUGGUUAGUUCAGCACACACAGCAGUGGAGACUCACCAAAACUGAAGGUGUCCUUCAUGGUGAGGCCUGGUGUCCUCGCUUCUGGCAAACGCCUCAUGAUGUUUAUAGCAAAACACGUCUGUGUCAAACCUUCUCCCUCUCCACAGCCAUGUUUGUCUCGGUUUUCUUUUUUGUUGUGAGCAGAAUGCGGCCAAGAAGGGAGGUCAGCCCUCCCAGGAUGCACUUUGAUGAGAUGUUUAGUAAUUCAGGGUUCAGUUCCCAUGUCCUUAUACUGAAGGUCCAAGCACUGACCAUCACCAAUGCUCAGCACCAAACCAUUAAGUCCGCAUUUUAUUUUAUUUUUAACCAAAAAGUCGGGUUUGCUGCAUUGGACGAUCUCAGGAGUUGGGUGGGAAUUUUGUGUGUGUGUGGUCACAGCCGGUUCUCAGAAAACGUCCUCUUUCUAGUUGUGUUCAGACAACAGAACCAGUUAAUUCUAUGCAACAUUUAUUUUAUUUAGUUGGAUGACUUUACAAACCAUCUGGAUUCCUGAGCUGAAGCGCACGCACACACAUGCAUAUACACAGCUAUGUACAGCGGAGACUCCCCAUGUGCUUUAUCACAAGCACCACUGGCGGUCUGCAAAUGAGUUGAGGGACUGCAGUUAUGGCAAAGCACCACUGACAGGGUCUGGGACUAGGCUCAGGAUGGAUUCGCUCAUCGUCCCACCCUGGUAGAAGGGACAGCUCUACCGCUCCUGUGUGUGCGGCGCGUCACUGCAAAAGAGGCCGAGUUCUCAUUAUCCCAGCAAUGGUGCCCUACGCGAAAGACUGAAACCUGACUGUGGCUCCAGAGGGUCACUGAGCUCAUGCAUGUAAAGCCAUUUUCUUCGUAGUUGUUAAACUCCAUAAUGGUUUGAAGCCGUUGGAACAUGAAUUGAAUAGAAUUAAUGCAUACAAUCUUAAGAUUAUAGUAAAAUUAAAAUGUGAAACAUUGUACCAUUGAUGUUAUAAAUGGUAAAAAAAGAAUU